AUGGGCUGUCUUGAUAUAGUUGUGAUGUGCUUAGUAGCUGGUCACCUUUACGAACAUGAACUGCCUCAUACUCCAAGUGACAACAAGAAGGGUCUCCCACCCUUGUGUUGUAACAUCAUUUCUCAGAAGAUAUUUGCAGUGAGAGGCAACACGAUCCAGAAGAAUAAGCACAGCGUUGGGAAUCUGGGACUCCUUGUAUGUAUAUGCCAUAGCUACCAUUUUUUUUUCUGUUCGUGUCAGGUGUGCACGAGUUGUGAAGACAAUGCAGAAGCUCAUGGGUUUUGUGUGGAAUGUGUAGAAUGGUUGUGCAAGACCUGCAUCAGAGCUCACCAGAGGGUUAAAUUCACAAAGGAUCAUACUGUAAGACAGAAAGAGGAAGUAUCUCCAGAGGCAGUUGGUGUGACCAGUCAGCGACCUGUGUUUUGCCCUUUCCACAAAAAGGAACAGCUGAAGCUAUACUGUGAAACGUGUGACAAGUUGACCUGCCGAGAUUGUCAGUUACUAGAACACAAAGAGCACAGGUACCAGUUUAUAGAAGAAGCUUUUCAGAAUCAGAAAGUGAUCAUUGAGACUCUAAUCACUAAACUGAUGGAGAAGACUAAAUAUAUAAAAUGUACGGGGAAGCAGAUCCAAAACAGAAUUCUUGAGAUGAAUCAGAAUCAAAAGCAGGUGGAACAGGAUAUUAAAGUUGCCAUAUUUACACUGAUGGUAGAAAUAAACAAAAAAGGAAAAGCUCUGCUGCAUCAGUUGGAGACUCUGGCAAAAGAGCAUCGAAUGAAACUUAUGCAACAACAACUGGAAGUGGCAGGUCUCUCUAAACAGCUGGAACAUGCCAUGAAUUUUUCCAAAUGGGCAGUUUCCAGUGGAAGCAGCACAGCUCUACUCUACAGUAAACGCUUGAUUACAUAUCGACUACGCUAUCUUCUCCGAGCGAGGUGUGAUGCUUCACCAGUGACUAACAAUACCAUCCAGUUUCACUGUGAUCCUAGCUUCUGGGCUCAAAAUAUUUUCAAUCUAGGUUCUCUGGUAAUUGAAGAUAAAGAAACCCCACCACACAUGCCCAAGAACCCUGUGACAGAAACAAAUUUGCAGCCACCAGGCAGCUUACCUUCAAAUCAGCUAUCUAAGUUCCCAAUGCAAAUAAACUUGGCUCAGCUCCGACUCCAGCACAUGCAGCAACAAGUCAUGGCUCAGAGACAGCAAGCUCAGCGCAGAGCAGGUCCAGUAGGUUUACCAAACCCAAGAAUGCCAGGAAGUGUGCAGCAGCCUCCUGCUUCUCAUCAGGCACCACCACGUUUGAUUCAUUUUCAGAAUCAUAGCCCUAAGUCCAAUGGUGCAGCUCCCCCUGCACAACAGAUGAGAUUUCCCCAAAAUCAGAACCUACCAAGGCAAGCAAUAAAGCUCAACCCAUUGCAGAUGGCAUUCUUGGCACGGCAAGCUAUAAAACAGGUAGAGUUUCUUUCCCAUUUCACUUACUGUGUAAAAAUAAAGCAUCAAAUGUGCUUUAUAUCAUCUUUUAUGUUAUGUUUCAAGAGUGCUUUUUAAUUGGAACAGAGAUUGCUUUCUUCUCUGUGACAAGAUAUCCACAGUUUUCUGAAUGAGAACUGUCAAGUUUCUUUCAUUCUGACAGUUCUAAGCAGCUGAACUGUUUCAGAAGUAAGCCACUGUGUGUGAUACGUAAGUGUUUCAUUAUGUUAUUUGCUAUUACUGUGCUUUCUGGCCACUUACGUGUAAGUGAGAACGUAGUCUACGCACCACAAUGAAUAAACAGAAUGGCAAAUUCCCUUGUUCUUCUUAAUGUUAGUGACUUUACUACCAAGUAAAAGCUUGACUGAAAAGUUGUAGCUGCCACCAUCUCCAGAAUACGCCAAAUCUUACUGAUUAAAA